CUGAAGCGGAAGCACGAGCCGGAGCGAGCACUACUCGCGGGAAAAAUGGCGGAAACGUGAAGGACUCUUCAUCACACCAGAGGUUCAAAACAUUGCCUACGAGGCUGUAAUCUGUGUUUGUCUUCAUGCGUGUGGCACAUCUGCAUUCUGUACGACUCUACAUUUAAAGAGAAUGCAAGAUGCAAAAAGAUUCAGUGCACAUUUCCACCUCAGGCCCCAUGACACAGGGUCAAGCUGUCACCCAAGAAUCCCAGACCAAGUGUUUACAGUGCAGGCUAUGUUCCCUCAUCUUCAAAUCCAAGGUCUUCCUAUUUGAUCACCUCACCAAGGUUCAUGGCUUGGAUGUAGAUACUGCACUCACAGAUGCUGGGUUAAAACACUCUGAGACUUAUAAAACCAACAACGACAGCAGCAGCAGCAAAAAUGCAGGCAGUCACUUUGAAUGCCAGCACUGUAAUUUUAAAGCUUUUAGUCAAGAUGUUUUGAAUGAGCAUCAGAAACAGUGUCAAAGGGACUUUGCGAUGGAGAAUGGGAUUAUAAAUCAAAUAAUUUCAGAAAGCCCGCAGACCAAAAUAAUCGUCGUUCUGAAGAAAGAAGCUGAAGGAGAUAAACAGAUUUCUUCAGGUAAUCCGGUGAAGUCUACCUCAAAUGCAAAAUGCACAGUGAACUCCUCAAAGGAUAUGAAAACAUACAAGAGGCCCCUACAAACCAUAACCAAGUUCUUAGUGUCAUCAACUGGAGUAAAACAGCAACCCUCAGUGCCGUCAGGGAAUUGCACAUUGUCUCUAGAUGGCACCAAAGAAACCCUCAUUUUGCAAGAAUCUCCUUCAAACUCCAGUCCAAACAGUAGUGGUGUGUUUAAAGUCACUGCAGUGCCCACCAUUGAUAUCACCAAAAGGGAUUCCUCUCUUUUUUUAAUGAGGGACCCCUUUCCCGAUGCUAACCCAAAGCCACCAAGGGCCCAGGGAAAGCUCAAAGAAACAGUCCCAAACAAUGUCGACAAGAAACCCAACAGGGAAAGCUCAGAAGCCCCUCCUGUAAAAAAAGCAAAAUCAGACAAGGAAGGGACAAACCAUCCCAAGAAAGCAGAUGAAAUUCAACAACAAUCAUCAAGCAACAUAGAGCUUUCAUUUGAAUUCAGUGAGGGUGAAGAGGAAAGGAAUCUUGAAGACACAGAUGCAGAAACCUCAAAAGUUUACAGCUGUAAGCAUUGUGACUUCAGUACUGUGGGCAUCAGGCCUGUGUCCGUUCAUUAUCAAAUCAAUCACCCCCACGUAAGGUAUAGUGCUGUCUACCUUAAGGAUCCCACUGAUCAGAGUGCUACCUUCCGUUGCCUGGAGUGUCCGGUUGAGUUUUCAAAUGUUGCUAAACUCAAGAAACAUUAUACAGAAAGUCAUCCAGAGACUCCAAAUGUACUAGCAAUGCACUUGCAUGACCUCAGCUUAGCUUUCAAAUGUUUUGUGUGCUCAUUUACCACAGAUGCAUCAAAGGCCUUGAAAGAACACUACAAGGAGAAGCACCCAACGCAUACAGUGGGUAAUCCCUUGAUGUACUUCAGAUAUUUGGCAAGUAAACACCAAGAGGGGAAUGAAUCACAGUUGAAUGAAUGUGAAAAAGUACCUAGUCCAGAAAGAACCAGAGAGAUUUCUCCAGAGAGAGAAGUGGAAAAACCAUCCUCGCCCCAACAUCCAACCUCAUCAGGAGCUGAUGUGACUUUGUAUCACUGCAACAACUGCGAGUUCAGUCAUAAGUCAGUUGUUGUUAUGCAUGUUCAUUACCAAAAAAGCCACCCAGAGGAAGCUGUCUCAAUAGACACAAUCAAACAGAUGGCUCGUGUCAAGACACUCACGAGAUCGCAGACGGCAUUUGAUAAGUCUUCAAACUCUGUGAUGGAAAAGUCUCUGCCAACAGAGAGCAACAUGGAGUCUCAGAAACCAAGCAAAGAUAAGAAGGCAAAGAAAAGGAUCAAAUUGAUUUUGAGAACACCCAGGCCAAACCCGGAAGUUUUCAGCUCACACUCUGAGUCUCCCACAGCUGUGACAGAGGAAUCUUCAGAGAACAGAAGUAAAAGAAAAAGGUUUCCCACCAACCAGAGCAAGGAAAUGUAUUCUGACAUGGCCAGUUUAUCAAGCAGUUCACCAAAAACAUUGUUUAACUGUCGGGUUUGCAGUUAUUCAAGUACUAAUAUCACCAGUGUUGUCGGACAUCAUAACACAAAACAUUAUGGACAUGAACCAACAGAUGCUGAAGAGAUUGCCUCGUACAGUGUUGAGGUGCAGAGAAAGAAACUCCGAAUCCAUGUUAGUCCAAGUACUAAACCUUCUGAUUCUGGAGCCUUCAAACAAGUUGAUGACUGCAGUGUAAAUGAACAUCUACACCAAAAGGGUACAGCAGGAGGUGCUUCGAUGAUGAACUCAAAUCCUUAUACAUGUCCAGAAAACUUGUUCUACUGUCAAAAAUGCAACUUUGGAAAUCCAACCGUAAAAGGAGUAUUGAACCAUCAAUCCAAAGCUCACAAAAACUUAAAGGUCGAAAGAGAAUGUAUCCUCAAACACACAGCUUUGAUUUGUGAUCAAAUAGAAAAGUCAAAAUCCAGCGAUUCAACUGUUCAUCUGCCUCUUCCUAUCAUAAAUGAUGACAAACAGGAGCUGCUUUUCUGCCACUUUUGCAAUUAUAGAAGCAAUGCUGUGGAUGGGGUACUGAAGCAUUACUGUAACAGACAUCCUCAUUUUCGGACAAAGAGCGAACAGAUCCGUUUGUAUUCUUCUAUGCUUCUUGAAAAGAUUGCAAAAGCUCACCUAACACCUGCAAACCAAGGAGUCAAACACGCACCCCUCAGGGGAAAGGAGGACAAAAAGAAAAAUUCAAAGGAGCAUUGCAAAGUUUCAGAACCAUCAGCGAUUGCCUCCCAAACACAGAGGGCCCUCAAGUGUCAUAGAUGCCCAUACAAAACUCAACAUGUGUAUCUUUUGAAAAGGCAUGUGUGGCAAAUCCACAGGGCAAACCGCACAGUCACAGAAGUUUUAAGAAUGUGUUAUAAACAAGGAGUUAUAGAGGCAGGGUAUCACUGUGAAAUGUGUGUGUUUUCUCAUAAAACAGCAGAUGCAGUCUAUGACCAUUACAUAGAAAAUCACCCCAAACGACCUAGCCUUGAGUAUGUAAUUACUCGGUUAUAUGUUGGCCCCGAUUCAAUCAAAGGUAAAAGGAAGAAACCGCAAGUCAUGCAAACUGAUAUUUUAAGUGAUGUGGAUGUCACUGAUGACAGCUUACCAUCUCAAAGUUCUGGAAACAAUGACACCAAGGUGUAUUCCUGCAAAGCAUGCUCAUUCAAAAGUGACUCAGUGAUGAAUAUGACAAACCACUACCGUGCUGUCCAUCCUUGGUCUGUGAAAGAAGACGGCUCAGUCCUGGAUGUCAUCCACAGCAGGAAGCCUGGUACAAGCAGGCAGUUUGAAGACCAGAGUGACAUGCAAGUUCCAGUGGAGGCCUAUCAAGAGCCUCUUGAGUUUGACGACUCAGUUGAUUCCUCUGAUGGAGUGACGAAAUCUUCAAAAAAACUCAAGUGCCAGUAUUGCUCUGGGAGGUUUCAGUCCCCGCGCCAUCUUCGCAUUCACAUUAGACUCGAGCAUCAUGAAGAUGGCAUUGAAAAAUCAAAUGAACUUGAAGAAGAGCAAACGCAUACCCAAACACGUGUGCAUGUCUUUAAGUGUCCACAUUGUACGUACGUGAACACCAAUUACCAUGGAAUUCUCACUCACUGCCAGAUGAGGCACCCUGACCUUGAAUCCAGAGCAGAUAGUCUUCACAUGGAUGGAGAUCAUUUAAACAACAUGGAGGACUGUUUGAAAAAAAGAGGUCAGGGUUUGAGACUCAGUGGGUACAUGUGCGAAACCUGCCCACUAAUCUAUGCAACCCUGGAGAAGCUGAACAAGCAUUGCAAGAAGAACCAUAAUGAGACUGUUGCAGACACAGUGCCAGCAAUGUUAAAACCACCCCCUAAUUCAUCAAGUGUGCUAAAAAAGACGCAUGUUAAAAUCCGUACCAAUCAUGGAUUCAUGUCGAAAGCUUCUCUGUUGAGAAGGAAAAAAUACAAAGUGAUAAAAUGCCUGCACUGUGCUUAUAAGAGCACCACGAAGAUUGGGCUUGAUCGACAUGUGUUACUUCAUCACAGUGAUACAUCUGUAGCAAAGGAUGUUGAACCUCCCUACAAGUGUGCCCUGUGUCCCAACACCUAUUUUAGAAAGAAACGUCUUGGAAGCCAUUACGCUACAAAACACGGAAAAGAGAGCGUUACAAAAUACUUUUUACCACUGAACAAGCAGGUUGAAAAGAAGCCCUGGCCAAAUUCUCAGGACAUCCUGUUAGCCCAGCAGCAAGGAAAUAGUGCGGAAGGGAGUGUAUCUAACACCACGGCAGGGGAAAACAAAGUAUUGGUCUUUUUGUGUCCGUACUGUCCCUAUGUGAAUGCUAGCUUCCAUGGGAUCCUCACGCACUGCCAAAUGAGGCACCCAGACUUCACUGCCAGGGCAGAUGAACUCAAGGCAGAGGAAGUUCUUACCACCAGCAUGAUUGGUUGUUCAAAGGGAAGAAAUUUUAACGCGAGGGGGUUCAGGUGUAAAAAGUGUACACAAGUUCUUGCAACAAUGAAGAAACUGAAAAUCCACCUCGAGAGGAACCAUGGUCAGAGUGAGGCGACAGCUUCUAAACUUAUAGUCAAAAUCAAAACCACGAAAAGCCAACCAGAUUACGAAUUCCAGCAAUCAGUACUUGAGGCUUUCGCUUUGAAAAGUGAAACUUCAGCAGGGAGCAUCGCAGAAACUGACCUCACUCACCAGAUAGAAACUCCUGGGAUGAAUCAAUCAAACACAACAAUAGCAAAGAACAUGGCCGGACUGUACAAGUGCCACAUUUGUCCCUAUACAGCCUGCUUUCGAAGAUAUUUACAAAGUCACUACAGAAAAUAUCACAAAAUUGAUGUGCUGACUACCUUUAAGCUCCUGCAGAAGUAUAACAAGCGCAAACUCAGGAAGGAUUCUAUCCUGAUGGAAGCUCAAUUGGAGGAAAUUGCUGCUGUCAAAUGUAAGAUGUGUCCAAACUCAAUGUUUGGAUCAUCUGAGCUGCUCCUUGACCAUUACAGAACUGUGCAUAAUUCAGAUCAAAUUCUGGACUUCAUUAUCUUAUCAAGAGGAUCAAAGAGGACCACAGGGCUCUACAAAUGCUCCCACUGCAACAAACAGCUGAACGGAAUUAAAAAGAUGUGUUAUCAUCUGGACCGCCACAGAGAGUGGAGGAAGACGAGCCAGAAGACCAGAGAUGCAGAGGAUGCAAAGACCAUGACAUCUGAUAUCAUGAUGACACCAGAGGACGAACCCACAGAGCAAGGGGAUCUGCCCAUGCUGGAAACUGUGGAAGACCUGUCCAAGUGGAACGUGGCACCAGUAGAGACCUCGUCUCCGCCAACAAGCCCUCAUUCGUCACCUACAAAGCCGACAGAUCUAGAGCAACCAGAGGAAGAUUUGAUAGAUGAAAUACCGACUUGCAAACAGUGCGGCCGCACAUUCAUGUCACUGAAAGGUUUGCGUUCGCACGAGCGCAGCCAUGAAGCACUGGCAGCCAUCAAGAAACAUACUCUGCCUACAACAGUCUCAAAGAACAAAAUAAACAGAUACAUCGUUUACAAACCGGGGACCACGAAGCCUUUCGUCUGUAGUUUCUGCUCUUACCGGACCAACGUCAUGGUCCUGUGGAGAAGACAUUUUAUGAAAAAUCAUCAUGAUGUUUUGACGGAUCCCAAUGAGAAUGAAGACCAAGAUGAGGAGGGUGCUGAGAGCGACACAGAGCCCCAUAAUUCAUCAGAAGAAUGGAGCAGUUUUCCUGAACUUGAUGAAAAAUCUCAAAUGAACAAAAGAUCACAGUACUCGGAGCCCCCAGAUGUGCAGCGGCAGUUGAACCAGUAUAACAUGAUGGCACAGGCUGGAGCUUCAUCUCAAGCAACUGGGAAAGAAAGCAUGAUGCUUGAAAGCAGUGUGCUCUACUGCGAUCUCUGCAACUUCAACACCGAGCACCUGUCAAGUAUACGACGACACUACCUUAAUCGCCAUGGGAAGAAGAUCCUCAAGUGCAAGGACUGCAGCUUUUUCACUGGCUUAAGGAAAACUCUGGAAAUGCACAUGGAGAUGGGUCACUCGACCUGCCAGUCAGAACCUACCCAUCAGAAAGACCUCUGCUGCCCUUUCUGCCUUUACCAAACCAAGAACAAAAACAGCAUGAUCGAUCACAUCGUCCUGCAUCGAGAGGAACGUUUGGUGCCGAUCGAAGUGCGUCGCCCGAAGCUGUCGCGUUACCUCCAAGGCAUUGUCUUCCGCUGUCACAACUGCACUUACACGUGCGGCAGCCAUGAAAACCUGCAUCUGCACAUGAUGAAACAUGAUGACAUCAAACCCUAUAAGUGCCGACUGUGCUUCUUUGACUGCACUCAGCUGAGUGACUUGGAGGCGCACCUGAGUGAUAAGCAUCAGGUUGUGAGGAAUCAUGAGCUUGUUGGUCAGGUCAGCCUGGAUCAGCUGGAGGCAAGGGUUGUUCGGACGCCAGAUUAUGAACAGGAGCCUUUGUCUGACUCGGAGCUCCUCAACAGUGAGAGCCACGGGAUUGUAAAGACAGAGGAGAUGGUCACAGACUCUGAUGAAGUUCCAGAGGAGACUCAAGCAAAACAUCCUGCAGCGAAUGCCAUCAUCAUAAAGCUUGAGGACGGCGCAAACAGGACUGAAGAAGGACCUGAGAAUUUGUUAUUAGACCUUCAAAAUGAGAAUGCAAAACUUAACACCUUGGUCCAAGAGAAGCAUAAGAAGGACCAACAAGAGCAUGCAGUGACUGACCCUGCAGACCAAAGUAUUAGUGAAAGUAUGGAAUUUGAGGACUGCAACAGUGGACAGAAAGAAAGACAGACAAAUGAGAAAGUAGCCCUCAGCAGCGACUUAAUGAUGAUCUCUAAAGGAAAAAUGGAAACAGAAGAUGGGAGCUCCAUUGGUGAAAUAGCUGAAAAUGCACUUUCUGAGAUUCACAAAAAGGUAGAUCAGGAAGAAGAAGCUGAGAUAGAGCAGAGUAUUGAGGAGAGGUUGGAUGGAGAGAGCAGUAUUACCUUGGCCGACAAGAAAAAUGUGGCUAAUAUAGAGGAAAAGAAAAAUCCAGAAAAUAACAUCAAGGUUCAUUUAGACAAAGAUGGGCUGACUCAUAAGCCAAACUGUGCACAGCUCAAAGGCAGCCACAAGGAGCGCUCAAGUGUCUCACUGAAAAACCUAUGCCCUUAUGGGGAAAUGCCUAUACUUGAGAAAGAAUAUCUCAAGCGAGAAAUGGACCCUACAGGUUGUUGGAAUGAGGAAGAUCAGAGCGAUCAUCAUGAGCAAACUCAUAACAAAGAAGUCAAAACGAUCAAUGAAGAUAACGAGGAUGGAUGCAUGGACCAGGGACAUGAAGAAAGUGAUGGGAUAGAGAAACCACACAAGCUCAAAGGUGCACCUGAAGUUGCGGAUGGGGGUAAUGAAGACCACUGCCCUGUGAACACCGAGGAUAAGCAGUUUACCUGUGAGUUCUGUGGACGUAACCUCAUGAACAGCUCUGAUCUACAGCACCAUGUUAUGCGACAUGGACUAUAGUUGUUUUUUUUAUGUUGUUGCCGCUAAAGAGGGUUUCUACCUUUUGAUUUUUAUGUGGAAGUGAGAUUUUCUUUUAAUAAACCGCCCUGUACCUUUUUACUGUACUGUGUAUUUCUAUGAAACCUGGUUGAAAUGUAUUGUUUCUCUUUUUUAGACUUUAAACCUUUCUAAUGAAAUAUUUUCCUGUAGCACUGUUGUGCAUAUGAUCUUAUAUAUGUGAUUCAAGUAACGAAACUUCAGAACCAAUAUAUGGUGCCUGGUACAUCUGUGACACAUUGUCAUUAAUUAAGGUCUUGUUUCUUUUGUAUUAAGACCCUAAUGGAUAUCUUUGAAUAACCAUUAAACAACGAAUGUCAUUUUAUAUUCCUUUAGUUUAUCUGAAGGGAGUUAUUUACCAGUGUUUACUACUGUUAAACAUGCAAAAAUCUUUACACUGUGAAUUACUGUUAUAUGAAAACUGUUAAUACCAAGAACUGGAACAACCUCAACACCAGAUUGUGGAAAUGCGUAUGCUGCCUUCAGGUACUGUUGGUAGUUCAACACAGGUUGUUGUGUGCUGUGCUAGUGCACAAGUGGAUUGCUUUGCAAAGUGCAUCAACGACUAAAGAAGUUCUGAAUGGACAUGCAUCAAUACAGUUUAUUUACUCCAUUUGCCCUUGAUGUUAAGUUAGAGUUUUUUUUCUCAAGAUCUGAUCUUAACAUCAGAUGAUGCAUAGUGGAUAAAAAUGUUGAAUAACACAGAUACAGGCUUAACUUACCUCAUUGGUAAGGCAUUUCAUAGUUUGUUCCCCACAGGGGCAAGCCUAUUACUUUUGUUCUCUAGAUGGCCAGGAGACUAUCCUGUUGUCAUCUGGAGAUAAAAAAUGUAACUAUUAUAACGGGGAAACAAGCAUUGUUAUAUAGAGAGAACCAGAAAAUUAGUCAGGAUCUUGAGAAAACCACGAAAAUCAACUCGUAUCACAGGGAAUCAAAUUUUUUCUGGACUUAUGAUAGAAAAGUUGGUCUAUAUAGAUGAAAAUUAUUUGUGAUGAAAAUGUAUGGAUGCAUGUAAUUAUAAAGUUCCUUAAUUAACAGUAUUUAGUCUGGUACUACUUGUAAAUAAUAUACUUCUCUUGACUUUUUAACCUUUUCCAUUGUAUGAUACCAUGUAUGUUUCUUGUAAGUAAAGUUUAAGUGUUGCCGA